CACCGGUAGGAUGCUGCUGGCGCACUCGGGCUGCUGCUGCUGGCUGCUUGCGCUCAUCCUGACGCACACGGGAGUCAAAGCAAACAACAACCACAACUCCAACAACCACCACCACAGCAACCAUCCCAGCAAAAACAACAACAUUAAAACUGCGGUGCUGGGUGAAGCACCUACAGCCGCUUCAACCCGCACUGGAUCCGGACCUCACCACCACGCCGCGUCCAGGAAAACAAACGCGCCAAUGCAGAUGUACCAGUGCAGCAGUGAUAAAGAGUGUGAGGUGGGUAGUUACUGUCACAGCUCCCAGCACGCGCCUUCGAGAUGCCUCAACUGCCGCCGGAGGAAGAAGCGCUGCCACAGAGAUGCCAUGUGCUGCCCUGGCAACCGCUGCAGCAACUUUAUCUGCGUCUCGUUCCCCGAGAACAUUCUGACCCAUCACAUCACACCUUUAAAAGAGCACAAAAAGCUUAGCAAAGACAAAGGCUGGAAGAAGAGCGGGAAAACCCAGACCAAGCUCCCUCUCAAAGGCCACGAGGGCGACCCAUGCGUGCGUUCAUCCGACUGUUCGGAGGGCUACUGCUGCGCCCGUCACUUCUGGACCAAGAUCUGCAAGCCGGUGCUGCGCCAGGGCGAAGUCUGUACCAAGCAGCGCAAGAAAGGCACGCACAACCUGGAGAUCUUCCAGCGCUGCGACUGUGCCAAGGGUCUGGCGUGCAAGGUGUGGAAGGACGCCACGUCGUACUCCAGGUCCAGACUGCACGUGUGCCAGCGCACCUGAGAGGAUUUAGGGAGGGGCGCUGUGUAGGGAGUGAGCCGGAGAGGACUUUUUUUUUUCCAGGACUCAAAAAAUGAGAUGAAGGGAAUCAGACAGUACAGAGAGAAAAAGGAAUCUUGGCCAGUGUGUGUGUGUGUGUGUGUGUGUGUGUGUGUGUGUGUGUGUGUGUGUGUGUUUGUGCAUCCAUGUGUUUGUGGGUUUGUAAUGAGUAAUCGA